GUUUAUGUCAGAAAAUUGGCAAACUUCGAAUUUAUUUACGAGAUUUUCUUUGCAAAUAGCACAAAGCAUUUGCAUUUGCUGCCAGAUUCUAGCUGGUGUUGGCCAUUUUUGAAAGCUGGACGUGACUGCAGCAGGUGCAAAGAGAAGAAUCAGACUUUCAUAACGCACACAAGCACAAACCUGGCCGAAACGUCGUCAUCGUCAUGUCGGAGAAGAACAUAAAAGUGGGCGCCCGGGUCGAAUUGACCGGUAAGGAGCUGUUCGGCACGAUCGCCUACGUUGGCAUGACCAGCUUUGCCGUUGGCAAGUGGGUGGGCGUGGUGCUGGACGAGCCGAAGGGCAAAAAUAGUGGCUCCAUUAAGGGUCACCAAUACUUUCAGUGUGACGAGAAUUGCGGCAUGUUCGUGCGGCCGACACAGCUGCGAGUAAUAACUCCAGCUCCUGGCGAUUCGGUCGGUGCAUCGGGCAGCGCCACGCCUACAGUCCAACCCACAAAGGCACGGCUUAGCAGUUCACGCAACUCACUUUCAUCCAGUCGCCAGUCAUUGCUAGGCUCACGCACACAGCUAACAACAUCGUUGAGCGAGCGUACUGGAUCCAGCAGCAGCUUGGCCGCACGCAAAUCGCUGGCACCGCAGAGUAGCAAGGAUAAGGUUGCCUCCAGCACUGGCUCACUGGCUGUUGAAGGUGGUCCGGGCGUAGCAUCGGCUAUCGGAUCUAAGCGUGCAUCGUUCGUGGAAACUGGCUUCCUUGAGAUACUGAAGCCGCAGUUUACGCCAUCGCAGCCGAUGCGUUCGCCUUCAUUUACAACGCCGCCAACCGGUACGUCGACGACAGAUGACAAAGUCGCAUUGCUGGAGGCGCAAAAGACGAGCGCCGAGCUGCAGACGCAGCUGGCGGAUGCUACCGAAAAACUGGAGACGCUCAAGCAACGUCGCAACGAAGACAAAGAGCGUCUGCGUGAAUUCGAUAAAAUGAAAAUCCAAUUCGAGCAGCAGCAAGAGUUUCGGACCAAAAUCAUGGCUUCCCAGGCCAUUAUGAAAAAGGAGCUGCAACGUGCCAAGCAGGAGGCAAAGGACGCCAUCGAGGCCAAGGAGCAGCACGCCCAGGAAAUGGCGGAACUCUCCGACAACGUUGAAAUGAUUACGCUCGACAAGGAAAUGGCCGAGGAAAAGGCCGACACACUACAAUUGGAAUUGGAGUCGAGCAAAGAGCGCAUCGAAGAGCUGCAAGUGGAUCUUGAUCUGCUCCGUUCCGAAAUGCAAAACAAGGCCGAGUCCAACAUCCCUGCCGCCGAUGGCGGCAUGUCCACCUACGAGUUCAAGCAGCUUGAGCAGCAAAACAUACGCCUCAAGGAGACGCUGGUGCGUCUACGAGAUCUGACCGCACACGACAAACAUGACAUACAAAAGCUAACCAAGGAGCUGGAAAUGAAACGCUCCGAGGUUGCUGAACUGGAACGCACCAAGGAGAAACUCAGCUCCAAAAUUGAUGAACUGGAGGCCACAGUCGCCGACUUGCAGGAACAAGUGGAUGCUGCACUGGGCGCCGAGGAGAUGGUCGAACAACUGGCCGAAAAGAAAAUGGAGCUGGAGGACAAAGUGAAGCUGCUGGAGGAGGAAAUAUCACAGCUCGAAGCGCUCGAGGAAGUGCACGAACAGCUUGUGGAGAGCAAUCAUGAACUAGAGUUGGAUUUGCGCGAGGAACUCGAUCUGGCGAACGGAGCCAAGAAGGAGAUGCUUCGCGAACGUGACGCUGCCAUUGAGACAAUAUACGAUCGCGACCAGACCAUCACGAAGUUCCGUGAGCUCGUCCAAAAGCUGAACGAACAGCUAAUCGAGCUGCGCGAGCGCAGCUCCAAUAAUGACCUGAAAUCUCUACAGGAUCCCAGCCUCAAGCUGGCCACCGAGACGAUCGACUACAAGCAAAUGUUCGCUGAAUCGAAGGCCUACACACGCGCCAUCGAUGUCCAGCUGCGCCAGAUUGAGCUGAGCCAGGCCAACGAGCAUGUCCACAUGCUGACUGCCUUCAUGCCCGAAUCGUUUAUGAAUCGUGGCGGUGAUCAUGACUCCAUCCUGGUCGUACUGCUCAUCUCGCGCAUUGUCUUCAAGUGUGGCAUUAUUGUCUCUCAGACACGCGAACGCUUCCCCGCCGUCGAGUUGGUCACCCGCGAGGCGGUCACCCAGGGUCAUGCGGUGCAGCAGUAUACAUUCAAGUGCCGUUUGAUGCAUUAUGUCCACAAUCUACAGUGUGCGCUGCAUCAGAUCCUUUAUGGCCUGAACAGCUGUCAACCGGAUACGUUGCUGCGUGCUGGCAGCUCACUGCCAGAGAUGGUGGCACAGGAGAAGAUCGUCGAUGGCAUUAUUGAGCUGUUGAAAUCCAAUCAACUGGACGAGAACAGCACCACGGACAACAUUGAGAAGUGUGUGGCGUUCUUCAAUGCAAUGAAUUCGGUGCUGCUGGCCGGCGAGCAACUGCUGAACGAGACGCAAAUGAUACGCGAUUGUGUUGCCUCGUUGGGUGCUGCGUGCGAGUCCAUAUUGAAUGACACUGCCAUUGCCAAGGUGAUUAUACAGGAGGCGGGCGCCACCAGUGAUUCAAUGCUGCUCAUCCAGUUCCUCAAUGAGCACAUGGAGAGCAUCAAGCAGCAGGUGAAGCUGAUCAAGCGUCGUCUGCCCAACGAUCAGCAUGUGAUCAAGUGCGGCCUUUCGCCCCACAAAAUGGAUGCGAUGCGUGCGCUUGCGCAGCACAUCAGUCGCAUCAUGUCCGCCAUGCAUUUGGCCACCAAACAGGCGCUGGCUGCCAUUGUGGCCAAUAUUGAGAGCGAUAAUGCGGCGGAGCAUACGCUGCCCCAGGACAAAUUCUGGUCGCUAUUGUCGGCGGCCUGCGAGCGCAUCUACGAGCAGGAUGAUCGCGGUCCGACGCAAAACUUCAAGGCAUUAUUGGGUCAGGCCAAUACGGAUUUGCAGCACAUUGCACAGCAUCUGUUGGACAAGGAGUAUGAGAUUAUGUCGGCGGCGGGUGCAGCUCCACGAGCGCCAUCACUGAAUACGCCGAUCAAUCAGCGGGCGCAGCUGAUAAAGAAACAGCUGGAGCAGAAGAAUGUGCUCGCCGCAACGCUGGAGAAUCGGGAGGCGGACAUUAAACAGCUCAAACUGGCGGCCAAAAUGAAACUGAAUGAGCUGAGCGAAAUGCAAAUACGCAAAGAUCUCGCCGAGAAAAAACUGAGCGUGCUCCAGGAUGAGUACGAGCAUGCGGUUGGCAAAUGGAAGCUACAGUACGAAGAGACGCACAAGAAGCUGCAGCUAAAGGAGAAGGAAUUCGAGGAGACCAUGGAUCAUCUGCAGAGCGACAUCGAUGCGCUCGAGAGCGAGAAGAGCGAUCUGCGCGACAAACUCAAGCUGAACACCAGCGGUGUCAAGAGUCAAACAUCCGAUUCGCACUCCUCCCUGCACAAUCUCUCGGCAACUGGCACAGGCAGUGCCAAUGUUAGCUACACGGCGCCUGCCGGCACUGCUCCUUUGGUUGCCGAGGAGCUGCAGCUGCUCAAGUGUGCUUUCAACAAUGAGCGCAACGAGCGGUUGCGCCUGCAGGCACAGGAUAUGCGCGCCAAGCUGCAACAAUUUGAGCCAAUCUACGUGCCACAGCCACAGGAUCAGCGCAUCUGUGCCCUCGAGUCGCAGCUGACCAAAAUGAAGCAUGCCUGGGUGCUAUCACUGCUGCAGGUGCAGGCCAAAUCGAGUGAUGUCAAUGUCAACACGGUGGCAAUGCAGCGACGCAAUCAGCCGUUGCCCCAAAAGGCAGAGAUCUGCACGCGUGCAUCACGCCUCGCCUCGGACAUAUUGACGGAGUAUCUGCAGCGAAAGCCGCAUCGUGCAGCAACUGGCGAGUUUGCUGCCUUUCCCACCGUUGAUGUGAAGCGAGUGCUGCAGAUUUAACGUGGAUCGUUGGGCGGGGCAAUAACUAGGCUAGAUUAUUAUUUAUAUGGCUAGCACAAAGGUUCUUUUCUUUAGAAAGGGAAGAAGGUUUUCCAAAUGGUUUGGUUUCAUUGCAAUCAUUUGGAAUAGAACAUACUUAUGCUUCUCUGGAUAAUCAGCUUAACCCAAUCCUCAUCCUAACACUAACACCUACUAAUCAUCUAUCUUUUGCUGGUCCUCCUUCCUCAGUAUAUACCCUUUAUGCUGACCGCUACAUUGCUGCCGGUAAUUGUGUAUGGCCUUUGGCUGUGUUUUCCCAACGGCGCCCGAUUUCUGUGGAACAUGGAAUGUCCCCUUGGUUGGCUUCAUUCAAUGCUUUAGAUGCGUGUAGUUCUUUUUAUAUAUACAUAUAUUUUUAAAUAUUUAAUUUUUGUCUGUAUAAUAAUAAUGUAUGUGAAAACUAUGUAACUGUGUAUCUCUAACAAGGCCUGUAAUGAAAUCAACUCAAGCGAACAUUUUUUGAUACAUUAUCUAUCUAUGAAGCGAGAAUGAUGUGAAUAAAAGACACUCAAAAAUACCACUUUAUAUUUAACAAAACAAGAGCAAAUAAAAUUUGCAAAUGAGAAUAUGCAUAAACAUAUAUAUUGAUUAAUAAACAAGUAUAUUUUCCAAAUGUUGCUUAACAAAUAAA